ACACCAGACACCCACACCCGCAACCCGACCCCUCACUCCCGGGUUUCCCCACACGAGACAUAUAUGCUCCUCCUCCGCCCUUUCCUACGAACUACCCCUAAACCAAACUCUACAUUAUCAUCUUCGCUCCGCAAACCUGCCGUUUAUCGCACAAUGGCAUCUACCAGCGCCGCUCCUUUGCAAGAAUGGCUCGUCAUCGUGCCCGAUCACAGCGGAGUGCUGCAUAAGAGGCUAGCGGCUCGACCGAAGCAUUUGGAGGGACUAAAGGCUGAUAGGGAUGAUAUGUGGUUGUGGGGCGGUGCCAUGCUUGAAGAGCCAAUCAAAGAAGGGGACACGAAUCCCCCCAAGAUGGCGGGCUCGGCUUGUUUGAUUGGCGCCAAGACGAGGGAGGAGGUGGUGGAGAAGUUGAAGAAUGAUGUUUAUGUAAAGGAGGGUGUGUGGAAUUUGGAUGAGGUCAAGAUUAUCCCGUUCAAGAGUGCGUUGAGGAAGGCGCUGUAGAUGGACAAGCUUGGGUAUACACUGGUGUGAAUAUCAAAGCCGUUCUGGGCAUACAAUCUUACAUUCAGUGAGGAUGAGAGGCUAUAUCGAACUUCUGGGUUUCAACGUCUACAUAUGAAGAUGGUUGGUCAUGUUCCUGUGAGAGAAGAGCGGCCUACGUACGUCAAGAUGCGCUUAUGCCUCAUCGUAAAGACCUACAUAACAGAGAACGAUAUUAUGCAUGCCUCAACA